AUGUCUGGACCAAGUGAUGCUGAACUAUUGCGUAAUGCUAAUAUUCGUAUAUGUCGAUUGCGUGUUUGGCCAAAUUUUGAAGGUCUUGGAUUUAAUCUUGAAGCAGCUGUUCGACCACCACAUGUAGUCCGACUUGUUGAAUCCAAUAGUCCGGCAGCGGCUGGUGGUUUAAAAAUUCUUGAUGUUAUUCUUGCUGUUAAUCAACAAGAUGUAUCUGAAGCUGAUUAUAAUGAAGUACGAAGUGCUAUUAAAACAGCUCGUGAUAGUAAUGGUCCUAUUGAAUUAUUAGUUGUUGAACAACGUUUUUAUCAAGCAUUAAAAAAACGAAAUAUUCCAAUUAAUCCAUCAUCAGCUACAACUUAUAAUACACCACCAACAAUGCCAAAUGAUUAUUUAAAUUUUCCGAAAAAUCAACCACGUACAACUACUAUACGUUUAAAUAAAUCUGAUCCAUCAUUUGGUUUUGAAGUUGUUAAUGGUGAGAAUGAUAUUGGUGCAUAUAUUCAAGAAAUAUUUCCAAAUACUCCUGCUAGUAAUUCAUCAUUACGUAAAAGUGAUCGUAUUAUUGAAAUUGAUGAUAAACUUGUUGAUAAAGAUGUAAGCAAAUCUAUAUUGGAAAAACUUGGUAAAGCAAGAACAAAAGGUAUUGUGAAAUUAUAUGUUGCUGAUACACAUACAUACAAACAUUAUCAAUUAAACAAGAUACCAUUAUCAUCAAAAGCAAAACGAAAAAGUCAAUCAGAAGAUAGAUUAUCAUCAAAUCGACAUUAUACAAAUGAUCGUGAAUCUCCUAGUAUAAAUGAUGGUAGUCAACGAGCACCAUCAAAUGCAUCGACACUUCGUGAUCUUCCACGAGCAAAAACACCAAGUGUUCCCGAUUUAACACGACCAACUCGACCACAAAUAUCAACAUCAAUUAUACCAUCACCAGUAAUGCCAUUAAAUCACGAAGAUAUACGUUUAAGUACAAUAAAUCGAGCUGAUGCUGCUGAUACAUUUGGUAUUGAACUUAAUUUUCAUCGACGAGAACAAUUUCAUUCGUUAAGUAUUACACCUGGACGAGAUAAUGGACCAUCAAAUGCUGAACUUGCUGGUAUAAAAUCUGAAGAUCGUUUGAUUGAAAUCAAUGGUCAAAAUAUUCAAAGUUUUGAUCAUGAUCAAGUAACUCAACGUAUACGUUCAGUUAAAUAUCCUGAACCAUUACAAAUGUUAGUUGCUGAUGUUCCAACAUAUGAACAUUAUAAACAACAAUCAAAAUUAAUUCAUCGUAGUUUACCAAAUGUUAGAGUAAUGCCACCUAAUCGACCAGCUCGUUCAGUAUCACCAGCUUCGUCAUCACGUCAUUCUAUUGAUACUAGACCAUCAUCAAUUAUAACACGUGAACAACCGAAAAUACAACCUACACCACCUA